CGGACGGUGAGGCGGGGAUGGCUGGGGAUGUCCUCAGCCCACACUGGUGGCCAGAGCCAGCCCGGAGGAGAAAGGCGCUGAAGGUCACCGUGGCAGAAAGGAGCCAAAGGGAAAGGGCAGAUGAAAACCAGGCAGUUUGGCCAGGCUCAGAUUUCAGCCUGGUCCCAUCUCACAUCUCCCAACCAGACAGGCUUGGGAGCAUCCGAAAACGCCAUCUGUUUGCUUUUGGUUACUGAGGGUUUCAACCACAGUCCCAAAGGAGAGAAAAAUGAUGCCAGGUCGUUUGCUUCCCAGCGUCUCGAGUAGUUCCUGAUCCAGAGUGAGGAUUUUGAUGAGUCUACUAAAUGCCUACAAAUUAGGGGAGGGAAAACACCCACGCUCCCCUUGUGUCUGUUGCAAAGGAGUCGGUGGGGAAGAUGCGGUAAAGGGAUCGUGGUUUCAACCCCCGGCGUAAAGCGGUGGGAGCUGUGGUCACCGUUGGCGUGUCCGCACCGCGCGGGUUUGAUUUCCCAGAGCUUUGCACCAGCAGAAUGAAGGGCUGUGCCUGUGAGGUCCUGCCAGUAAAUUAAUUCACAUUAAUUAUUUGGGAAGGUCAAUUAAACAUCAUCACACCACCCCCCUACGAAAAUGCCGUCGUCGCAGCCGUGAUUUGGUUGCGCUUUGUUUGCUUUCAUGACUUUGCUUCUGCUGGCCGGUUCCCAAGCACAAAACACUGUGGGAUGGAUGGUGACAGCUGGGAUGGCACUGGGAAUGCUGAAAAAUGGGGCAGAAUGCAGGACUAAAGCCCUUUACUCAGUGUGUCCGACUCCUGGUCCCCCUGUGCUGGCCCUGGGUGCUGCCCAUCCUUCAGCUGCCCGUGACCUUCUCCGAUGUCAGCCCCCUCCUUCCCCAUAUUAACUCAUCUAAAUACCCCCUGCCCGGCCGCGGUAGAUACUGUUACAGGAGUGGUUUGGGAUGCUGGCAUCACAUGCACAUGCCUGUGAGUAUAUAUAUUUGAGGACACGUGGCUGCCGGGAUUGCAACUCCGAUCUGCCUGGGCUCCUCUCAUGGCAGGGCUCCUCUCCCGUGAUGUCUUCAUCCACUACAGCUGAUGGUACCUGUUUUCUGGGGAAAAAAAAAAAUGUCCCAUGGGAUAAACAAGGCCAUGCUGCAAGGAGCAAGAUGGUCCAGCCGUUGCGACCAGGUUCCAGACCCAACACGUGGUCCAGCAUUGGAGGAAGCUGGUUGGGGCAAUGCCCUUGCUGGGCAUGGGUGGCUGGAGGGCACCCAAAAAGCUGUGCAUGCUCACCUGCGUUUGAGGCCAGGGAAAAAAACCUCCUGCCAUGACCCCAGGAAGGGCUGGCAGAGAUGAUGAAGAGGAUGCAGGUGGUCCUCACUGAAGCAUCGUGGUGGGUUUGCUUUUGGCAGUCAUAGAAGUAUUUAUCCUGCUUGGCAUCCUCAGGGAUCGCUGUUGCUUCCUCCCUCCCCUCAUCCCUCCCGGGGGCUCGAUGCAUCGCUGGAAGAGCUGGCGUUCGUGCCAUCCGGCCCGUAGGCAGAGGGAAGGGCAGCUGCCAGCUUUUGUGCCUUCACCCGCCUUGGCUGGCCGUGUCCUCUCCGGCUCGCUGACUGCGGAUGCAACGGGGCUGGGGGUGAGGGGGUGGACUGCAGCCAUGGCCCCGACAGACACAGCAGGUUUUGUCCUGCGGAUUCUGGGCAAAAGUAGGGGAAAAAAAAAAAAGAAAAAAGAAAGGCUUUUGCAUUUCCAGAAGGAAAAGGAGGGAGAGCACGACAGCAAGGACAAGGCUGCCUUGUGAGUGGGGUUUUGGCUCUGCGAUUACCGCGUUCAAGCCAAGCAGAGAGCCCUGUUUGCUCCUCGUCCUGAAGAUGGAGAUGUGCAUCUUGGCACAUCGUGGCCACAGCAUGGCCUGGGGCAGCCCGUGCUGCCCUGCACGCUGGAGGAGAUUCCCCACCUUGGCUUACGGGGUGAUGGCGAACCUAACAACUCCUCCAGCCUGGACCAGAGUCAUCAACAGCUCCUUGGACCCAGGUGCUGCAGCAAACAAUGCCUACAAGUGCAUAUUUGAUGAGGACUUCAAGUAUGUCCUGCUGCCCGUCUCCUAUGGCAUUGUGUGCGUGGUGGGGCUCUUUCUCAACCUGCUGGCCCUCUAUGUCUUCAUCUUCAGGAUCAAGACCUGGAACGCCUCCACCACAUACAUGUUCAAUCUGGCCGUGUCCGACACACUCUACGUGGUCUCCCUGCCCCUCCUGGUGUAUUAUUAUGCCAUGGGGGACAACUGGCCCUUCAGUGUGGGCUUGUGCAAGAUAGUCCGCUUCUUGUUCUACACCAACCUCUACUGCAGCAUCCUUUUCCUCCUCUGCAUCAGCAUCCAUCGAUUCCUGGGCAUCUGCUUCCCACUGAAGUCGCUGCAGUGGGGACAUGUUCGCUACGCCCGGAGGGUAUCGGUCAUCGUGUGGGUGGUGACCGUCAUGUGCCAGUCUCCCGUGCUCUUCUUCGUCACCACCAGUGUGAAGCAUGACACCAUCACUUGCCACGACACAUCCAGCAAGGACCUCUUUGGCCAGUUUGUCAUUUACAGUUCGGUGAUGCUGGUGCUGCUCUUCUGCAUCCCUUUCCUCAUCAUCAUUGUCUGCUACUGCCUGAUGGCCCGGAGGCUGCUGCAGCCCACACGGGGGAUCUCCCGGCUGUCCCGAUCCAAAAAGAAGUCGGUCAAGAUGAUAAUCAUUGUCUUGGUGGUCUUCAUCGUUUGUUUUCUUCCUUUCCAUGUCACUCGUACCUUGUAUUACUCCUUCCGGAGCUGGGACUUGAGCUGUCAGACCCUCAAUGCUAUCAAUUUAGCCUAUAAGGUGACUCGUCCCCUAGCUAGCACCAACAGCUGCUUGGAUCCCAUUUUGUAUUUCUUAGCAGGACAACGAUUUAUGAAGUUUGCAGGCAACAAAAUGCCGGGGAAGCCGCAAAAUGAAAUGGUGCUGGGCAUCGUGCCCAGCAGUCACCUGGGAACCAGCAACGACACGGACACAUUAUCCAAGGAUGUGAAAUCCUAGCUCAGCUCUGGCAUGGCCAGCACCGUCUCUGCAACAGAAGGGUUUAUCCCAGGUCUGAAAGGAGGUCAGGGUGUUUCGGGGCCCGAGGCUUUUGGUGUUUGCAGUGCCUUUGGCUUGUACCCACUUCAGCAUGGUCCAUGUUUAACGCUCUUCUCUGCUUGUUUCUGUUUCAAACGUAUUUUUUCAGGAAGAUGCUGCUGUGGUUAUACACACAAACCCCGUAUCUCUGCCUCUUCAUCCAAGCCUGCCUCUCUGUUCAACCCUGAAUGGCAUCUCUCCACCAGUGGGGCUGGGUAACCUCUUUCAUGGUGGCCAAAUCUGCUAAAAAAAAA